AACGAAUUCAUACCAGGGAAAAAUGUUUUUCAUGUGAAGUGUGUGAUAAAUCAUUUAAUUAUAAAAGCAACUUAGUUCAACAUAAACGAAUUCAUACCAAGGAAAAACCUUUUUCAUGUGAAGUGUGUGAGAAAUCAUUUACUUAUAAAAACGGUUUAAUUCAACAUGAACGAACUCAUACAGGGGAAAAACCUUUUUCAUGUGAAAUGUGUGAUAAAAAAUUUACUCUAAAAAGUAAUUUAAUAAACCAUAAACGAACUCAUACAGGUGAAAAACGUUUUCCAUGUGAAGUGUGUGAUAAAUCAUUUACUUCUAAAAACAACUUAGUUCAACAUAAACGAAUUCAUACCGGGGAAAAGCCUUUUUCAUGUGAAAUGUGUGAUAAAAUAUUUACUCAAAAAUGCAGUUUAAAUGUACAUAAACAAAGUCAUGUAGGUGAAAAACGUUUUUCAUGCGAAAUGUGUGAUAAAUCAUUUAAUUAUAUAAACCUUUUAAUUCAACAUGAACGAAUUCAUACUGGGGAAAAACCCUUUUCAUGUGAAAUGUGUGAUAAAACAUUUACGUGGAAAAGUAAUUUAAUCAAACAUAAACGAACUCAUACAGGUGAAAAACCUUUUUCAUGUGAAGUGUGUGAGAAAUCAUUUACUUAUAAAAACGUUUUAAUUCAACAUGAACGAACUCAUACAGGGGAAAAACCUUUUUCAUGUGAAAUGUGUGAUAAAACAUUUACUCUAAAAAGUAAUUUAAUAAACCAUAAACGAACUCAUACAGGUGAAAAACCUUUUUCAUGUGAAGUGUGUGAGAAAUCAUUUACUUAUAAAAACGGUUUAAUUCAACAUGAACGAACUCAUACAGGGGAAAAACCUUUUUCAUGUGAAAUGUGUGAUAAAACAUUUACUCUAAAAAGUAAUUUAAUAAACCAUAAACGAGCUCAUACAGGUGAAAAACGUUUUCCAUGUGAAGUGUGUGAUAAAUCAUUUAAUAGAAAAAUCGAUUUAAUUGUGCAUAAACGAAUUCAUACUGGUGAAAAACCUUAUUCAUGUGAAAUGUGUGAUAAAACAUUUACGUAUAACAGUGCUUUAACUUCCCAUAAACGAACUCAUACAGGUGAAAAACGUUUUUCAUGCGAAAUGUGUGAUAAAUCAUUUAAUUAUAUAAGCCUUUUAAUUCAACAUGAACGAAUUCAUACUGGGGAAAAACCCUUUUCAUGUGAAAUGUGUGAUAAAACAUUUGCGCGGAUUUCUUAUUUAAUUCAACAUAAACGAACUCAUACCAAAGAUAAAUCUAAAUUGUAAAAUAAAAAUACCUAUAAAAUUUAUUUAAAGGAGUAACGUGAGGAAGCACACUUGAGGAAGCUGGGGCGAGGUGAAGUAUCCAAUGGUCCAAAUGUAUGGAGGUUUAAGAACAAAACUUCCAUCGAAUCAAAUUUUAAUAAUAAUUGUCAUACAAGCAUUUAUUGUCAUAAAAACCGUUGAAUAUUAUGAAAAAGUGAAUAAAUAUUGCGUGAAAAUAAAAUUGAUUUAUAUUUAUUUGAUUUUCUUGAAGUUCUUUUUAUGAUAAAAAAUCUUGCACGCAGUGUAAUAUGAAAUUAAUACGAAUGUCAAGUUGGUACUACUGAUACUGUUUAUAUCAUGGUACAAUUAUUGGGAUCUGACAUAUGGGCGGGGCUAAAAAAACAUGGCUGACAUAAAGUGACAAAUUUUAAUAAUAACGUAGCAAUACAUAUUCUUUAUGCAAUUUUUCAAGAAGAGAAUGAUUAAUAUUAAUGAAAUUUGUUGUUGGGGGUAAACAAAACCGAGUAAUCGUAAUUUUACUGAAUAUGAAAGACUUUUGAAAGCAAGUCAUGUGAUUAAAUGUCGAAAAAUCAAAUCGAAGGUAGCUGGAACAAUUAUAACCUAUGAAUUGGUAUUGAUACAGUUUAAUGCUCAAGAUGGCGAUGAAAAUUUAAUACCACCAGCAUACAAUAUUUCUGAUACCAUAAUUUUACCACCCUGUACAAAAUAUGUUGAUAAUUAAAUAAAAUUUUAUAAAUUUUAUGGGAUUUU